AUGUCUUCAGCACUUUACACGCCAGGAGCGGCGGUUGAGCAAGCGCACGACGACGAUAUCUGGCAUUGUAGCUGGAUUCCAGGGAAGCACCAUUUGGUGACAGCAGGGUCAGACGAAGUGGUGAAGAUCUGGGAUGCACAAACCGGCGACUGCAUUGGCACAUUGAAGGACAACGACUAUGCGAUUACCUCUCUUGACAUCAACGCCCAAGGAACCCGCAUUCUGACAUCCUCGAUGGACAACAAAAUGCGCAUCUGGAACAUCGACGACGCACUCUCACGUCCUGGCGGCGAUGGUGGUGCGAAGAAAUGCAAGCCGGCUUUGGUCAUUGAUUCGGGACCCAUCAAUGCGUGGAAGUCGCGCAGCGCUGGGCUUAAGGAGAUUCUCGCGUCGAGUACGGACUCGGGCACGAUCAAGCUCUGGUCAGUGUCAGACGGCCGGGAGAUACGCGAGCUUAACACGUCGCGGCGCAGUUUCAUGUAUGCGUUGGCGGUGAGCCCCGACGGCACCAAGGCUGCAUGCGCAGGUGUUGGCAGCCACAUCUACGUGUUCGACAUUGAGUCCGGCGCACUCUCCUGCACGUUCUCGGGGCACUCGGACAAUGUGCGGUCGGUGAGUUUCUCUGCGGACUCUACUCUUUUGGUGACGGCUUCGGACGAUAAGCAGGUGCAGCUGUACGAUGUAAGGCAUGGCGUGGCCGUCACAGCGUUCUCCGGCCAUCACGGGUGGGUGUUGGAUGCGGAAAUCCACCCUGGUGGCAUGUACAUCGCAUCGGCGUCGUUGGAUACAAAGGUCAAGAUUUGGGACGUGGGCCAGCGCAAGUGCAUGGAAACUCAUGGCCAGCACUCGUCGGCUGCGUGGAGCGUUGCGUGGCAGCGGUCGUCCGAUGAUGUCGUGACCAUGAAGCCAAUGCUGGCUUCGGUGGGCGAGGACCGCAGCAUUCACUUCUACGACCCACUGCUGGCCUGAAUAGAAAGAUGGCUUUUUCUUUUGCUGUCGGCUUAGCUUUUUUUGGUGUCAAAGCAUUUAU